AUGACAGAAGUGAAAAAAGAGAACAUGAAAAACAGCGUGGAAGCAAAGGAGGAGGAGAUUGGCCAGGAAGUUGUACUGGAAGGAAAGGACGAUAAAACCAAAAAGAGCAAGAAGAGUGAGACAGCACCAGUGAAGUCAAAGAUGACGAAGGCCAAGACGGUUCAAAGGGCUAAGGAGCUGCUCAGACAGCACAAGGAGCUGCUUGUGAUCGAGAAGGAGGCACUUCCUGCCUCUGAAAUCAACAAGUGCAGGGAAAUUGCUGAUUCAGCCAUUUUAUGCAUCAAGAAGGCCGUUUUCAGGAAGUUCUUUGAGUUCGCUAAGGGAGUUGAAUUCGACUACGCAAGAAACUUCCUCCUCUGCUUCUGUGACGAUACAGAGGAAUUCAAGAAGUUCAGUUACAGGGUCUACGGCGAAGCAGGAGAGGAGAGCUGUGAGAGAAUUGUGCUGGAGAAGCAGGAGCUGAAGAACAGGGCACUCAUUGCACUGCUCAAGAGCGAGAAGCUCGUUGACGAGUUCGAGUUGAAGGAGGAUCUGGUGGUAGCAGAAGAAGGAAAGCCAAUUGAGGGGGAGUUCAAGGCCAAGUUGCUGAAGGAGAUGAAGAAGAAGGUGACUGAGAGAAGACUAAACGUGCUACUAGCCUGCGACACGAAGGACGUGAGAGUCAAGGAGGAAUAA